UUUGGAUGUGGAGUGGGGUCCCAGGAAGUCAAGGAUCUGGGGGCAUAUUCAUGGGCCCAUGUCAGAGCUACUUUGGUUGAAAAGGAAAGUGAAACCCUGGGAGGGCUGAGAAGCCCUCUUCCCUUUCUAUACAGUUGCUUCAAAGCAGAGUGUAAAGUCCCAGACCCGGUUCACUCAACCCUCCCGACUCACAGAGCAGAACUGAAGCUUCUGGACCCAGCAGGGUGCCCAGGGUGAACAGAAUCCAUGGAGAAGUUCAAGGCAGUGCUGGAACUGCUGCAGAGCAAGCACCGCAGCACCCUGGGCUAUGGCUUGGUGACCCUGUUGACGGUGGGUGGGGAGAAGAUCUUCUCCCAGGUGGUGUUUCAGUGUCCCUGCAACGCUACCUGGAACCUGCCAUAUGGCCUGGUGUUCCUGUUGGUGCCCGCGCUUGCACUCUUUCUCAUGGGCUACGCGCUGAACACGCGCACCUGGCGCCUGCUCACCGGCUGCUGCUCCUGGAGCACGAGUUCCAGCUCCGGGUCGCACAGCGCAUUGACAUGCUUGCAGAUCAACCUGGCCGCCGUGCUCGCGCCCCUCACCUGGGUGGCGGUGGCGCUGCUAGGGGGCUCCUUCUACAAGUGUGCUGUCAGCGGGAGCGCGGGCAUGGCGAAGUAUCUGUGCGGAAACCUCAACAGCAGCUGCGCUAUCAAACUACCGAAGGUUCCCUGCAACAAACAGAAGGAGGAGAUGCAGGACAUCCUGAAUCAGCUCAAGGCUCAGUCUCAGGUGAUAGGCUGGAUUCUAAUAGCGGUCAUCAUCAUCGUAUUUCUGGUUGUGACGUCUAUCAUCCGAUGCUGUUCUCCAAUUAGUUUUCUGCACCUAAAAUUCUGGGAAAUAUAUUCUCAGAAGGAGGAGCAGAUUCUUCAAAGUCAAGCUACAGAGCAUGCGACCCAGUUGGCAAAUGAGAAUGUUAAGUGUUUCUUUGAAUGCAGGAAUCCGAAGGAUUGCUACACCCCAAGCAGUAAAGCCUGGGAGGAAAUCUCGGGGCUGUACACUUUUAAUCCCGAAAAACCGUUCUAUAGCCUGCUGCACAAGUACGUUAAUAGAAAGGAGAUGGAGAUGACUGAUCUUCUCUGCUCUAUGGAAGGAGGUAGAGUGGUCCCUGCCCUUAGCUUUGUAGAUGCCUCUGGCAUGGCCAACACUAAUGGGAUGUGAUCUUACAAAUGAACAGGAAAAAAAUUAUUUUGAAUUCUUGCUUCAUAUAAAAAAUACACGUUAGUAUGUUUUAUGACUGCUUGCUUUCUUCCAAAUUGUGAGACUUUUAGAUCUGAAAUUGUAACAUAAUGUUUAGCCUUUUUCUUUUAUUAAUUGUUAAAAAAAAGCUGAAGGAAAAU